AUGUUAGCUAAAAAGUUUAUAGUAAAUGAAGUAAAUUGCAUGGCAAUAUUUUCUGGUAACGAAUAUAGCGUAAAAAAAGGAAUCAGUAAAGCUAAGUCAACAAAACGACCCCUUUUAUCAAAUACUUUUUAUUUGAAUUUAACUGAAAAUUGUGACUUGUUUAAGGUCUCUCGUGGUUACGUCACUUGCUCAAUGACGCAGGAAGAAGAAGAAUUUCCUAUUGCGUUUUCUAUUUUAGUUUUCAAGCACGUAGAAAUGGUUGAGAGAUUACUCCGUGCUAUUUAUAGACCACAGAACUAUUACUGUAUUCACGUAGAUGCUAAAGCAGACAAAGAAUUUUUCCUCGCCGUUUCUGCUAUAGCGCAAUGUUUCACUAAUGUUUUCUUGACGGCUGAACGAGUGGACGUCCAGUGGGGAGAAUUCAGUGUACUGGAACCGGAACUGCUGUGCAUGAAACAACUGUGGAGAUAUACAAAAUGGAAGUACUUUAUCAACCUCACUGGACAAGAGUUUCCAUUGAAGACAAACGCUCAGCUGGUGAAAAUUUUAAAAGCUUACAAUGGUGCAAAUGAUGUAGAAGGGACACUUAAAAAGCCUCGUAAGAAUAGAUGGCCAACCAAACCACCAAGAGGAUUAAGACCAGUGAAAGGAUCAGUUCAUGUUGUCGUGAACCGAUAUUUUGUUGACUACAUCUUACACAACGACACAGCCACGGUUCUAUUGGAGUGGGUUAAAGGAACGCUAGUUCCCGAUGAAACGUUUUUCGCCACAUUAAACCACAACCCACAGCUGGAAAUACGCGGCAGCUACAAAGGUCAUCCUGACUCUCAUCGUGUGGUCAAACCUUUCCUUGCCAGGUUUAAAAACUGGGGCAGAAUCCCUUGUGCCGGACGUUUAGUUAGAGAAAUUUGUAUACUUUCAACAGGUGAUUUACCGUUGCUCUUCGAUACAAAAGAACUUUUCGCCAACAAAUUCUACCUGUUGGAAGAUUUCGUAUCUGUUGGUUGUUUAGAGGAAAAGUUGAUGAACGACACGAGGGAUGAAUUUUUGGGUGUAAAGACAUUUAACGUGUCUUAUUAUGAGAGCUUAGAAUUUCUGAAAAAUCUAGUGAAAUAAUUAAAAAAAUGAAUAGUGCAAAUAGACGCGAGCGAGAAAAGUCUCAAUGUAUUUUAGAGGCCCAUUAAUUAAUUUAAAAAU